AUGUGUAAUCAUCAACAAUUAUUUAUCACUUAUUUAUAUGUCGUCCUUUCGUUUUUUGUACAUUUAUCUGCAUCUCGACACCCAGGUCAUCUGAAACCAUUUGGCUCAUCUGGUCCAUUUCGACAAAUCGAUGAAUUGACAGAUACAUUUCCUGAUCCAAUAGCAUUCUUCGAUCAAUAUGUUUCCAAGUUACGUCCUGUCAUAUUUCGUCAAGCUAUUAAAAAUGAUCCUCAUCUAUCAUUGUGGAAUAAAGAUGAAAAUUUAAAAGAAAUAUUUUUAAACAAUAAUGAAAUAGUUCAUAUUGAAACAAGUAAAAAAGAAAGUCGACAACAAGAUAUUUUAAGUAUGACAAUGACAGAAUUUCUAACACGAUAUCAAAAUGAAGAACUCUAUCUUGUUGAAGAAGUACCAAAUAUAUUAAGACCUUAUUUUACUCUCCCGACGUGUCUUCAAUGUAAACCAGCCCUAGAAACAUUCCAAGUUGCUAUGUUGUGGUUUAGCUCAGGCAAUACAUCAUCUGUUGUACAUACCGAUGACUAUGAUAAUAUUAAUUGCGUUUUACAAGGUGAUAAGCAAUUUAUUCUGGUCGAUCCAUAUAUAUUCAAAGAAGUUGCUUCUGAGAUUAUUGACAACUAUUCUGGUUCGUACUCAUCGAUGGAUGUCGAUCAAGUUGACUAUAACAAAUAUCGUUCACUUAACAAUGAUACACUGUAUUAUUAUCAAGUUAAUUUAAGCAAAGGCGAUUGUUUAUUUAUUCCGUAUGUAUGGAUCCAUCAAGUUCGAUCAAAGAAUCGUAAUAUAGCUGUCAACUAUUGGCUUGAUCAUGAACGCGUUAAAAGAGCGAUUGUUGAUAAUAAUACUUGUCAAUUAACAAGUAAAUCGGAUUUCGUAAGACUUGAUACAUUACAAUGGCCAAACCAAGAAACACCCAAUAUUGAAUAUUUAAGAAAUUUUAUGCUUGAUCUUGUUGAUGAAGAAUUUCGAAAUUUUAAAGAAUGGACAAGAGAAUUUUCAAAAAAUUUAAAUUUUGAUCUUCGAUCAGAUGUUGAAACGAUUACACUUUUCGCUGAAUUCUUUAAUGUGAUUGAUGUAAACGAAAAUGGUUUUGUUACUACGAAUGAAAUCGAUUAUAUUUUUGAUAACGAUAAAAUAACAGAAGCUUAUGAAAUUCUUCAAGAUAUUUUGGAUAUUGUUGACAGGAAAUUAGAAAAAAGCCAACGAACAACGAACACAUCUAUAGGCAAUAGUGAUGAAGAUGAUAUGUUUAGUGAUGAUCAUAGUAUUAAUGGGACAUUGUCCGGUGAUGAAACUGAAGAUGAAGAUAAUGAACAUGACGAAUUAUAG